AUGGGCUCGGUGGAGAAGCGGACCACACAUGUCUGCUUUCCUUUCGGCGAAACUGGAGCUAGAGUCCCUGAUACCCAGGCCUCUGCAAGCAUCUCCCAACAUCAAGUCCUUCUGCAAGGGAGAUGGGCUGGCCUACCCCAGGCUGUCCAGCUCCAGCAGGCUUGCAGGCGGCCCCUCCAGAACAAAAGCCUGGUCCUCCGCCACCCUGCCCCCAUCCCCCAGGCUGUCCCUGAGCCCGAGGCCCAGAGACACAAGAGGACAUCUGUAGAGCCCAAGGGAGCAGACUGUUCUCUUGGGACUCCGGGGGGAUCAGGGUGUAGCCAGGCUGUCCCCAACUCAGGACAGACCAUGGGCUGCCCCAGGGCAGUGACUGGCAUGGUGUGGGGGCAGCUGGGGCAGCACCUGGCCAGCUGCCCCGUAGCCCCAGAUGGUUCCAGUGCCUCUGGACCUCUUUUUCUACUUUCUACGGGGAAACCUGCUCCCUCAGAGGCUGCCAGAGGGAAGAGUGAGCGAGGCAUUCCUGCAGCCCAGACCAGCCAGCGGCAGGUCCUGUGGCCUCUGACUCAACCUAUGAGACAGAGCUCUGUUCCCAGGGCACACUUCCCAGGACACGGGGCCCAGCCUCAACCGGAGCCCUGUGAAGGGAGGGGCACCAGGAUGACCAUAUCGGGGACCGUGGCGCUGCACACCUGGGCACUGUACUUUUCAUUGGAGAAUCCAGGCAAGAUCUUGAAGCAGGUGCAUGAGGUCCUGAGCCUGUGCAGCAAACAGCACUCAUCUGGGGCUGGCACGAAGGGGUCUACAGAGCCAUGGCCACUGCUGCCUCCUCCCAGCCCCAUCUGUGCAGUGCAAGUGAUCCACACCCGCUCCUAA